GGCCGAUCCAGCGCCGAUUUUCGUACAUACAGACGCUCCGGACAAAGCCCCGCGAGUCGACUCAGCAGAAGGGGGUAUGCACACGGUCUUGUACUUGUCUCUUUUCUCUUCCUGCUCUCCUCUCGGUUCCCUUUUUUCUUCUUUGCUCGAGGGGAAAGCAUGCGACGGAGCGGGCGACGAAACGCAGUAUCAGCUUCGCGCUGUGGCUUGAGUUCCUUGCCUCUCCCGACGGCUUGUCGGACCGGCUCGCUCGUGACGGCGUGUAUGCAUCCCUCUCACUGAAGCGGCGCUUGAACCGGAGACUUUGCUUGCACCGAAACUGAGUGGAGAGAAAGAGGCGAACCGGUGCCCUCUCCUCAGUCUCCGUUGCACUCUGUCUCCGCUUGGUUCUCUUCUUCUCACGCUUCUCUUCGACCUGAAGGAGAGAAGAGGCAGAAGAGAGACGUUCAGCUCCUCUGCUUUUACGCCGCAUGGGCAUGGACAGCCUUCCCCCUCGCUCUCGUCUGUCUCUUCGCUCUCCUCUUCUCUCGCCUGCUCGCCUCGCUUCCCGCGCCGACGGUCCGUCCGCUAUGAGGGAAGCGCACAGGAGAACUCCGCAGAGGAGGGCGCCUCGACCGAGACAGGCCGAGAGAAAACGAGGAAAGAGGAAAAAACGAUGGAGAUGGGGAGGACGCGAAGUUAACUCCCCACUGAAGGCGUUAAGACUCGAGAGACAUGUGGAGGUGCCGCGCCACUGCCGUCUUCUCUCUCUCAUCGCAUCGCGCGAUUUGCCUUCUUUUGCGUCUCCUGAGAAGUCCUUCUCUCGUGGUCUCCCUUCCCCUUGUUUCUCUCCUUCCUCCUGCCUACGGCUUUCUUCUCGUUCGUCUCUUUCUGAGGUUUUCUCUUCGCCUCGCGAUUUUUCCUCUGGCACUUCUCUCUCUCCUUUUCAGUCUUCUGUCUCCGAACCGUCCCCCCAGUCUCGCGUCGGUGAGACCUCCCACCCAGUUGCUUCUCUCUGUCGUUUCUGCCCAUCUGUGGAGACGGAACUUUGCCAAGUUCUCUGUGCCACCGAACGCAGGCUUUCUCACGCUCUCUGCGGCUUCUCCGCGUGUCUGCCCAGGCCUGUCUCAUGCUCGCUUUCGUCCUCUCCGUCGUCUUUAGCCUCUGCUUCUACCAUGUAUGAUUACUCAUUCCUCUCUUCUUCCUCUUGUCCAGGCUCCCAUCACGUCACGAGAUCCACCUCUGCGUUGUCUUCUUCGUGUCUUCUCCCUCCUCUCUCUCCUUGUCCGUCUCCUUGUCCGUCUCUCUCUUCUUCUCCCGGGACUCGGUGCGUCUUCGCUUGGUCCAAAGGUUGGUUUUUCCUCCUCUUUUGUCUCUUUUUCUUCUCUUCUCCGCAGUCGUGCACCAGUGAGGCCUCGCGCUCGCCUCUUCUCCCUCCGUCCCUGCCCUUCCCCCCUCUCUCUUCUUCUCUCUCUUCUCCUUCUUCUCUCUCUUCUCCAGCGUCUCCCCCUUUUCCGCGCUGUUCUCUUUUUUCUUCAUCUCAUCCUUGUCGUUCCUCUCCCCUCGCUACGCCGCGCAUCCUUCCCUCUCCCUCGUGGAUUCCAUCGUUAUUCGCCGCUUCUCCGGCUCCCUCCCGGUCGCCCUCUCACGGCUUCUCGUCCUCGCGGGAGUCUCCACCUUGUGGACUGCCUACCGGCGCUGUCUCCGAGUCUCUGCGCCUGCGGCGAGACUCGCUCGCGACUUCUUCCUCGAGACUCUUGCUGGUCAAAUGGAUCUUCCCUGUUGCGAAUCCCAACGCACCGCUGCUGGAGGCUCCCGCAGACCUCCCCUGCUUCUCGCGGGUGGCUCCGAAGCCGAUCGGCUCGGCGCCAGGGAAGCGGGGAGGGAGGAGUGAGGAAAAGGGCGGCGCCGUCGCCCAGCAGAGCCAGCGAAUGUCGGACGGAAAUGCGGACGGAGAGGAGGAGGAGGAAGAAGCGAGAGCAGUGUUGACAGGCCAGAUUAGUCACGCAGAGAAGAGGAGAAGCAUGCGAAGGAAGAAGAGCAUGCGAAUCAACUCGAACAUCAAAUUGAAGAAGAAACUCCACCACACAAUCGGAGGGCAAACGGCGGGUGGCGGAGGCAUUCGCACUCUUUCUCUCUUGAAGCAGGGACAAAGAGAAGUCGAGUUUUGGAAGCAGCAAGCGCGAAAAGCGAAAGCAAGAGACACGCGCCAGAGAACGCAUGCGUCCGAGAAAGAAGCAGCAAAACAAGUUGACGGCGCUCCGAGUGAAGAAGGAACAGAAGAACAGGGCCAAGAACAGGGAAAAGAAGAAGAAGAAGAUCGGAUUUUGACGGCUCCUGCCACAGCUUCUGGUUCGGAGAAGCAAACCUCUUUGUCUUCCGAUGCCCCCAGAAAAAGACAGGCGCCUCCCAGAAGAAGAGGAGCUUUCCUUGGAUCCGCAAACAGUUUUGCCUUUUUCUCGCCUUCACUUUCUCGUUCUUUUCUUGCCUCUGACUCGAGACAGUAUUCUUCGUCUCCUCCAUUUUCCUCAUCUUCCCUCUCCGUUUCUUCUCUCCGUUUGUCUCCUUGCUCUUCUUCUUCCCGGUUGUCUUCUCAGUCUCCUUCUUCUCCCUCUUCUUCUCCUGCUUCUUCUCCUUCUUCUCCUGCUUCUUCUUCUUCUUUUCCUGCUUCUUCUCCUUCGCUGGAAAGGAAAGACCAUCGUGAGUUGGGUCGCGAAAUGGGCCUUUUCGUGUUGCCGCCCGCGAGCGAUGUGGGCGCUGUCGGCCCUGUCUUUCUUCCCGAGGGUCGCCAGUUGCUGGCGAACUUGAAAAGCGUUUUGGCGCAGCACCAGCGGCUCCUGCAGUUCCAGCAGGUGGAAACACCCUCGCUGGCGCAGAGCGGCCUUUGGAGGCGAAGCGGGCACUGGACGCACUACCGAGAGAACAUGUGGACCGUCUCAGCGUCGCCUAGAGACGAAGAGAAGGAGAAAGAAGAAAACGGAGACAAGCCCCGAGACGCCACAGCGAGCAGCCUUGACCCCGAGGCGAAAGACUCCCCGACGGGUGGAAAACGAGACAGCGAAGAGGAGAGAGAAGAAGAAAGACGAAGAGAGAUAGAAAACGAGGGAGGAGAUCAGCAGAAAGACAGUGUGUUUCGCCUCUCUCUGAAGCCCAUGAGUUGUCCGCUGCACCUGAGCUACGUCUUUCCGUAUUUGCUGGAGAGACCCUCUCUCUUCUCCCUAGCGAGCUCGAGUCCGCGUCACGACGUCUCUCUGUCGACUUCUCCUUCGCCUGUGACCUCGAAGGAGGAAGGCGCUUUGGAGCGCGAAACCAGGGCGAAGGCUGAAGUGUCCAGACACCUGCCUCUGCGGAUUUCCGAGUUCGGAAGAGUUUUCCGUCGAGAGCGAAGAAGUGCAUUGUGCGGCCUCUUUCGCCUUCGAGAAUUUACUCAAGACGAUGGUCACAUUCUCUGCACCCGUGAGCAGGCGGUCGAGGAGAUCAAGGUCCAGCUGGCAUCCAUUCUUCACCUGUAUGUGCAGGUCUUCGGCAUCUCGCCUGAAGGCGUCAAAGUUUCUCUCGGCUCCAGGCCUGCAAAAGCGUCUCGCCGUUCCGACGCCUCUGCGGAUUCUGAGGACGAGAAGCUGUGGACCCAGGCGGAGGCUUGGCUGCUGGAGGCAGCGAGGGAGGUGCUCCCAAACGCGUCCUCCGUCGAGACAGAGGAAGGCGGGGGUGCAUUUUACGGACCGAAGCUCGACUUCUCUCUCUCCGAUGUUCAGGGGCGGUGGUGGCAAACUGGCACUCUCCAGGUCGACCUCUAUCAACCAGCAUGGAUAGAACGCCUCUUGAGUCGACGGCAUUCCAAUCGCCUCCCGUCUUCUUCUCCUUCUUCCUCUCCGUCUUCUUCUGCUUCUCUUUCUUCUUCUCCUUUCGCCUCCUCUCAGCCUCUUGUUCUUAUUCAUCGUGCGGCAGUGGGGUCUUUAGAGCGUUUCCUCGCGCUUCUUCUAGAGCUCCGAAACGGCGAUUUGCCAGUCUGGCUGGCACCUGUCAAAGUAGGACGUCGGGUGGCAGUAGAUCUUCUCUCGUUCCUUUGGUUUUCGGAGAAAAGGAACCUUUUCUGUCUCUUCUUUCCGCCCUAA